AAUAAUAAUAAUAAUAAUAAUAAUAAUAAUAAUAAUAUUAAUAAUAAUAUAAUGGAAGAGGAUUCUGUGAGGAUUGGUAAAGUAAAGAAGGUCUCCACAUCAUCGGGAUGCUUUUUCUUUCAAGCGUGUCUAGAGCGAUCAUUAAAGACAAGGGAGAAUAAUGGGAUGCGGGUGAUGAUGAAACAAACACUAUUAUCAUCCUCACCACUACUCACCACCACAGAAGAAGAAGAAGAAGAGGAACAAGAAGAACAGGUGGAGAAAGUGAAAUGUACAUUUACACUUCCUCCUCCUCUUCCUCAUCCUAUUACUAAUAUUACUAAUAUUACUAAUACUACUACUCCUAAUAUUACUAAUACUAAUACUACUAAUACUACUACUACUCCUAAUAUUACUAAUACUACUACUACUACUACUCCUAAUACUACUCCUGCUGUGGUAUUGUCUAAUCCACAGAAUAUCUGUUGUGAUGAUAAUAAUGAUAAUGAUAAUAAUAAUGAGGAUGAGCAGAUCAGACAAAUUGCCUCAACAAAGGUCGUAGAAACCACAACAGUGAAGAUUGAUAAUAGAGACUAUGAUCGUUGUCAACAUUGGUUACAUGAUGGUUAUCAUAAUGAUCAGGAGAUCUUUGAUAUCUUAAGUAAAACCACUACUUCAUCUUCUUCUUCUUCAUCUUUAUCAUCAUGUGAAGAUAAAGUGGGUGUAAGUCAUCUGCAAUGGACACAUCCAGAGAAGCAUAAUCCCACCAAAGAGAAUAUGUAUGUUCCUCCCAAUAUUCAUACCACGCAGGAAAACACUUUUCAUCCUCUUCAUCCUAUUCCAUUUAAUGGACCCAGGUAUCAUGUAGAACCUUUUAUUUACCAAAUGGAAAUGCCAACAAGGACAUGUAAUGCUGCGGUGUUAUUAUCUUCUUAUUUAUCUUCCUAUUCACCCAUCAUUCCAUCUCCUCAUUAUAUUCCCGUGGGGCCUAACAUUCCCUACUGUGGUGCCUACACACAUGUCUGUCCGGCUCAAAGGGAAUAUUAUGAAUAUAUACAUCCCUAUCGCUCUCCUUAUUCUCCUCCUCCUCCUGCUCCUCCUGCUGCUGCUGCUGCUGCUGUUUAUCAUCAUAAUAAUAAUCAUAAUCAUCAUUAUUAUUAUUAUUAUUAUUAUUAUUAUUAUUAUUAUUAUUAUUAUUAUUAUUCACAACCGCAAUUAUCAUAUCCACAGUAUUCCUAUCCACAGCAUUGUGUAAAUAAGAUGAGGGCCACACAAUUUCCUGAGGAAUUGCCAGUGAUGGAUGAGGGGCAGCAGCUGGCAACUGCAACGUUGAAGAAGAUUGAAUUUAUUGAGGCGUGGCUGGCAGAAGUAGAAACUGCAAAGAAGGAAAUGUGA